AAGUAGUGUGUAAUAGAUAUUUUUUUUUGUUAUGAUUUCAUUUUUUUAGUAAUCAAGACGAAAACAAUGAAUAUCCAUGUAUUCCAACAAGAAAUGAUCUAACAGCAUUUACUAAUGAUUCUAUAGUUGAAGAACUUUGUCCUAUUCUUGUCGAUUAUCUCAAUAAAAUUCUUAGACAUCCUAAAUUUCGCGCACAUCCAGCAACGUGUGAAUUUUUCCAUGUACGUUAUUUAUCAUUUGUUCAUGGUGUAUCGACUAGCCGAAAAGAAGGUUAUCUACAAGAAGAAUCUAUUAAUUAUUAUUUUGAUUACCAUGCUUUAUCGCGUGCAUCAUAUUUUUGUGAUAUAUGUAAAUGUCAUGAUAGUCCGAAAUGGUUUGUUAUUAAAGAUAGUUAUAUAGUUGAUAUACGACCAGAUACACAUGAAAUAUGUUUUCCUAUGUUAGUUGAUCGUGAUUUUCAAGUUUCCACUGGUCUUCAAAAUAUUGCUAGUAAUGAUAGUAUUAAAAUAAGCAAUUCACAGCGUACAUUAGUUAUUAAUUGUCGAACAGCACGUGAUUGUAAUGAAUGGACAAAAAAUUUAUCAAAUUUAACUGAACAAGCAAAAGAUUUUGUCAAUGAAACACGAAGUCGAUUUGAUUCAUAUGUACCUGUUCGAGAAAAUCAGUUAGCUUAUUGGUUUAUUAAUGGUAAAUCAUAUAUGGAAGCCGUUGCUAAAGCACUUUUAACAGCUAAAGAAGAAGUUUUUAUUACUGAUUGGUGGCUUUCACCUGAACUUAUGUUGAUUAGACCAGCAGAUGAUAAAACAUUUCGACUUGAUAAUAUAUUAGGAAGAAUAGCUGAUGCAGGAGUUCGUGUUUAUGUAAUGCUUUAUAAGGAAAUGCCAUUUGCUUUAGGUUUAAAUAGUUUAUAUACAGAAAAAAAAUUAGUUUCGAAAAAUGCAAAAGGAUUUAUUAAAGUUAUUCGACAUCCAAAUCAUAAUACUACGAAUGGAGUACUGUUGUGGUCUCAUCAUGAAAAAAUGGUUGUUAUUGAUCAAAAGAUUGCCUUCGUUGGUGGAAUUGAUUUAUGUUAUGGCCGUUGGGAUGAUGAAUAUAUGCGUCUUGUCGAUUUGGCCGAUAAAAAUGAUACAACAUUGAAAUCACCAUCUGAUAUAGUUGCAGAAAACGCAGCGUCGGGUGGUAGAGAAACGGUAGAAGCAGCACAAAUAACUACUACGAAAAUGGCUGAACAAGCUGGGGAAAUAUCUAUUAAGAGAGCAAGAAAAAGUGACGAAGACCCUGAUGAUGGAAAAAUUCUUGAAGAACAACAAUCAGAUACUACUUUAACAUCUGAAGUUGAUAAAAAAUAUCAAUAUUUUAUUGGAAAAGAUUAUUCAAAUGCAUAUCAAAGAGAUUUCACAGAACUUGAAGACUACACGACAGAUAGUGUUGCACGAACACUAGUACCACGUAUGCCAUGGCAUGAUGAAGCAUUGGUUGUAUUUGGUCAAACCGCUCGAGAUGUUGCAAGACAUUUUAUUCAACGCUGGAAUAUUCAUAAAUCUUAUAAUGAUGUUGAAGACUUAGCUGUUGAAAACUGGAGUGAUUUUCUUGAAAGUGAACCAUUUCGUGUAAAUGCUCAGUGUGUUCGUUCAGUUGGACCAUGGUCAGCGGGAACGAAAUCAGAGGAAUCAUCGAUUCAUAAUACUUAUAUACAAAUGAUUGAUGCUGCCAAACAUUUUAUAUAUAUUGAAAAUCAAUUCUUUAUUACUAUUGCUCAAGACUCAGUAGUUCGAAACCAAUUAGCUAAUGUUCUUUUUCGACGUAUAGAACGAGCACAUAACAAUGCUGAAAAGUUUCGUAUUUAUGUUGUUCUUCCUCUUCUACCUGGUUUUGAUAGCACGAAUGCUGUAACUGAAAUAAUAUAUGUUCAUUCAAAAUUAAUGAUUAUUGAUGAUCGUAUGGCUAUAUGUGGUAGUGCAAAUAUAAAUGAUCGAUCAUUACUUGGUAAUCGUGACAGUGAGUUUUGUAUUGUAAUAAAUGAUCUUGAAGAAGAAGAUGGUCGGUUUAAUGGAGAAUCAGUUCGUGUAGGAAAAUUUUGUUCUAGUUGGCGUAAAAAGAUAUUUGAAAUGCUGUUAGGUAUUCAAUUCGAGAAUCCAAAUAACAUUGAUGUAACUGAUCCAGUAUCAGAUGAAUUUUAUUCUUAUUUUCAAGAUGUAGCAAAACAAAAUACAUGCAUUUAUGAAGAAGUUUUUGCCACAAUGCCAACUGAUCAUACUAAAACAUUUGCUCAAAUUACUGCAUAUAAUAACAUGGCUAAGAUGAAAGAUAUUGAUCCGAUAGAAGCACAACAAAAAUUAAAAAGCAUUCAAGGUUUUAUUGUCGAAUAUCCACUUUAUUUUCUUGAUGAAGAAAACUAUUUACCUAGUGUAGCAACCCGUGAAGGUAAAAAUUUUUCAUUUCAUUAUCAAUGA